AUGCCGCCGUCGUCUAUUGGGCUGAUCUCACAGACAGAGACAAACUCCGAUGGGGCGUUAGUGCCUACAGAAAAUACCAGCGACUCUAAUGAAAGUCAAGGCAGCUCUCUUUCUCAAGUUUUACGAAUAAGCUCACGAAACAACGACGAAGCGCUUAAACGGCUUCCAAGUUCCCCAAAGGAACUCAUACUACGCAUAGAUCGUCAACGGAACGAAAUACGACUUCUCCAAGAGGAAAAUUUGAAGCUCAAAUCGCGUGAAGUCGAAGUAUCGGCGCUGACGCUAAAACUUCAGCAGCAGUUCGCGGCAACGCAAAACCAAGUUGCGAAUUUGAAACGAAACAUCCAGCUCCAGCUCGUGAACCCGAUCACCGAGGACGAAUACAACACCAUCGAUGCACUUCCAGAAGCCAAACGAGAUCUUUUAGAUACGGUGAAACUUGGCAUUUACCGACAGAUAGGAUCCCUGCAGGCAAGCGCGCAAGCGGCGGCGCGGCGUGCCGCCGAACUUGGGACGUCUUUGCACCAACUCACGGAAGAAAACAAAAGUUUGAAAAUUCAAAUUUUAGAACUCCAGUCAACGCUAGAGUUUGAGAAGCAGAGCUCGGCCAAAGAACUAAAGGAAGUUGGAAAUCAAAGAGCACGCAUACUCGAGUUGGAGGCCUCCGUGAAGGAUAUGGAAGGACGAUUAAAAGGCGCCUUCCUUGAUCAGGAACAGUUCCUCACGGCAAAGUUGACCGCACAGAUGAAAAUGGACGAGGUGGCACGCCUUUCCAUCCAAUUAGAGGAAGCUGAGCUGGAUUUGCAACGGUACAAAGCCAAUGCAGAAUGUAGCGAGCAGAAGCUUGACAUUCUCAAGUCGGAAUACUACGAAUUAAAGCUCAACUACAGCCAACGUAAUCUCGAACUGGAGAGCUCCCUCAAAGCGGCGAACGAAAAGCUUAAAACCUUGGGUGAUCUUGAAAUGGAAUCGGAGCUCUUUAUCUCGAAUCUCGCGUCGAGGAUUCCGGAGGAAUCGAUCAGUUCGGUCCACACACGACCUCUUCUGGAGGAAAACGCGGCAAACCGUGCGGGGGGGCUCAGCGCGAAAGACACCACGGACUACGAGAGCUGGCUUGCCCUUCCACGCUCGCGGAAGCUUGCGCACAGCCUAACGGUAACCAAGCGCUGUCUCCAUCUUGAAAACAAAGUCAGCUCACUUGAACACGACGUAACCUUCAAGGAAAGGCAAAUUGAACGGCUCCGCGUCUCCCUCAGCUCUGCGCGAGAGGCGUUAAACAAACAAAACAGCCCCUACGCCAUCGUGGAAAAGACCGUCGAGGAGCUCUACGACGAGAAUGAGGCACUCAAAGAACGGCUACGAAUUAGUGAGGUGGAGCGGCGGCAUCUCGCGGAGAAACUCCAAACGCGGACACGGGAGAUCGAGGUGUUGUGCAAGCACCGGGGAGACCUUCUGAAGAUGAAGUCGUUAUUGUCCAAAAUCGGCGUGGUGAACUGCGGGAACGACGUUGUGAAGGUGGAACAUACUAAUAGUAGGCGUAAUAGCGGUAAUAACAACAACAUCGCGAAGGAAUCGACACCUCGCCCUCAGCCUGUCGAGAUGGAUUCUUUCAGCAGUACGGCGUGUCCUGGGAUGUUCGCAGCCAUCCACAUCACCUCCUAA